GAAAAGAUGGCCAGUGAUUUCAUAACCAUUGCAAAAGAAGCUGAAUGCGAAGAGUUGGUGAUUGACAUUCCAUCGGACCUGCCCCAUGCGGAGUGGCGGGAAUAUUGUAUUUAUAGGGUUCCCAAGCAACUGCGCAAGGUAAAUGAAGAAGCCUACACCCCUAAGCUACUCUCAAUAGGACCCUUUCAUCGCGGCAAAGAUGACUUGAAGGACAUGGAAAUGCACAAACUGAAAUAUUUGGAAAAUUUCUUGCGACGCACUAAGAAGAGCCAGGCUGAUCUUCUAAAGAUCAUUAAAGUCAACGAAGUAAAAAUCCGUCAUUGCUAUUCAGAAGAUUGUGGACUUGAAAGUGAUGAUUUUGUGAAAAUGAUUCUAUUGGAUGCCAUCUUUAUAAUUGAGCUCUUCGUAAAGGAUAAAGAAAAAAAAGAAGAAGAAGAGGCUAAGAGGAAAGGAGAAAAUUAUUGUGAAAAAGAAAGUGAUUACAUAUUAAGUCAUCCAUGGCUAGGAAAUGGUAUACUACAUGACUUGAUAAUACUUGAGAAUCAACUUCCUUUUUUUGUUCUUGAGGAAUUAUAUAGGUUCGCCUUGGGUGACUCUUCCAGUUGCAACAAUCGCGAACAAAUUAAGGAGGACCUGAAGAAAGAGGAUUCUCCAUUUGUCGAGCUUUCUCGCAAAUACUUUAGACGCUAUGUUCAGCAGCAACCGCUCAAUGUUGAGGAAGUAAAACAUUUCACAGAUUUGCUAAGAUAUUUUUUUUGUCCAUCAAAGAAGCAUAUGGAAGAAUGGAGAAAUGAAGAAUCAUCAAAUAGGCAGAUGGAAGAAUGGAGCAGUGCAGAACGAGGUUUGGAUACUCGAUUUUGUGCCACAAAGCUUUAUGACUCAGGAUUGAAAUUCAAAGCAGUUAAAGAUCAUAGCCGCGUCUUACUUGACAUAUCAGUAAGUCCUGGGUGUGUGCGACACUUUUCGUGCUUCGACGCUUUUCCACGCUUUUCAUGCCUCAUUGCUUGCUUACCAUGCAUUAUCUGCUUGAUAUGCUUUCCGUGCUUGUUGCGUAUCCAGCGUAUACUAAAAGUCCCACAACUUGUGAUAGACGAUGAUACUGAAACUGUUUUCCGAAACCUCAUGGCUUUAGAGCAGUGUCAUUAUCCAUCUCAAACUUACAUCUGCAGUUAUGUUCUGCUAUUGGACCGUCUUGUCGACACUGAAAAAGAUGUGGAUUUGCUUAUUGAUAAGAAGGUCAUUAUUAACAAUAUCGGUUGCAACGCUGCGGUGACGACUCUAAUUAACAAACUUGGCGAUCAGAUUGUUGAAGAUAAAUCAUGUUACUAUGAUCUCGCUAAAAAGCUUAAUCAGCACUAUAAGUACUAUCCCUUGAACCAUAUCUUGGCAACCCUGACAAAAGUGUAUUUUGGUGAUUUUUGGAGAGACACUGCAACUAUUGUUGGACUUGUUGUCUUGGAUUUCACUUUUUGGAAUUUUCUUAGGUUUUUGGUCGAAAGCAUCUAA